AUGUACACGAUGGAAGUCUUACUCCAUUUAAUUGUGUGCUUAGCGAUAUCCAUAUCGAAAGUUCAUGCCGACGAUCAGUUGGUCCAGUCACCCUCUAAGGACAAUUCGGACACGUGCGGAUGCUACCUCAUAAAUGGACCGGACGCGGGCUAUUUUCAAUACCAUCGUUUUUGGGAUUUCCGUGACAUACCCAAUGAUGGCAGUAAUGAUUUCACGACGGCACCGCCUACGUUAGGAGAGCUUCAGGCUCAUGGUGGACAGUCUGCAACCUCAGCUUAUCUUGACUCUUCAUCAUGGAACAGCGACUGGAGCUAUCUAGAUGGUGUCUCCUCCUCAAGUCCUAACAGUCCAUUCCCAAACAUCUACUCAAAGCAAAACGUCUAUAUAUCUCGCAACACUACAGAUGGCGCCGGGGGGUCGACGUUUCUCACACUACGCGCCGCUCGAUUGGAUUCUUUCAUGUCGUCGAGUCAGAUCACAUCACAACAACAGAACCUACUACAUGCCAGCAUCCGCGCCCGGCUUCGAGUUAUCCCGAACGGCCUCAGAAACUCCUCCGCACCAUCCGCUAGUGCUAGACUUCUGGACAACUUGGAAUAUGGAAGUAAUUCUUCCCACCCCGUUGAUCAGGGAGCCGUUGUUGGGCUGUUCACGUACGAGUCUGACACACAAGAGUCGGACAUCGAACUCUUGACGCAGGACACAACAGGUCAGAUCUGGUAUUCAAACCAACCUGAUUAUGAUAAUGCUGCCGAUAAACCCAUCCCGGGUGCUAGUACGCACGUCACGCUUCCGAAUGGCCUCGUCUGGACUGAGUGGAUCGAGCAUCGAUUGGAUUGGUUUGAUGGAGUUGUCAGAUGGUGGGCCAAUGACACUCUCGUAUUGAAUAAGUCAAUAAAUGCUCCGUCUCAACCCAGUGGACUAAUCCUCAAUGUCUGGGGCGAUGGAGGAUAUUGGAGUGGCAAUAUGAGUGUAGGUGGAGAGGUCACGGUUGGCAUUGAAUGGAUUCAAGUGGUAUUCAAUGUUAGCGGGUCGGCGGCAGGCCCGAGUGGAAGAAGCCUUGAUCAUACUAUGAUCAUGCCUAGGGACGAUAUGGCAUGCAACAUUAGCUGCUCAGUGGAUGGCGUGAAGCAGGUUGGCUACCCAGAAGUGACAUUCCACAGCGGUGGGGACAGAAGCCGACCAAGUUUAUGGGCUGGAGACCUAUCAAAGUAUGCCUUGGGGCUGUUCAUACUUGUGCUGACAGUCUUUUAG